GGGCUCCUGUGCCUGUCGUCCUCAUAUCGUCCGCCACGUACUGCCCCCGAGAUUCCAUUUCCAGAGAAGUCCCAUUCCUCCUGCUCUCUCUCCUCCAGGGAAUCUCCAAUUCUGCAGAAUCUCCUCCAUAAUUUUUGUUUAUUUGAUCAAAAAUACAAUGCUCGCCUCGCGUUUGAUCGCUACGGCGUGUGAUCUGCACAAGUAGCACUGUUUUUUGUAUUUUCAAAUUCUAUUGUUUUUUGCUUUUUGUAGCUUUUCAAUUCAGGGUAGUGUUAAGGGAGAAGAGGGUUUCCGUGCUUCGGCGACGGAUCGUGAUCUCUCCUUAGCAAGGGUGAAUAUAUCAUCCAAACAGUGACAAAAAAAUGCGCAAGCUUCCUGUAGUUCAUUUGGGGCUGGAUGGAUGGUAUUGUAUGGAUAAGCUAGUUUUCUUUUAUACUCUCAGCCAAAUGUGCGACACAAGAAUGUGAACAAUGGAUGAGUUAAGGGAACCUGAUGUAUUUCCUCCUAGUUGGAUAAAUAUAAAUCCAGCUGAAAUGACAGAGUCUUAUCUGUUCAUUAUGUCUUGCUUCAUCGCUGGGUUGAUAGGAGUCUUCACUAUUUUAUAUACAGCUUUCCAGUGGAGAAGAAACAUUAAUUUAAGUUGGAUGAGAGCCAUAGCUAGGUCAAAAAAAAACCCAAAAGCAAGGAGCAAGGCUGCACUGGCGCCUCACACUUGGAAUUUGGAAUCAGUAACUCGGGGGAAAAAUUUAAACUGCUGUGUAUGCUUAAAAUCUGUUUCACCUUCACAGUCUCUCAGUUCGAUGACAGCUUCAGACAGUUUCAUCCACCGGUGCACCAUAUGUGGAGCUGCGGCUCAUUUGAGCUGCUCAUCUAAUGCUACCAAAGACUGCAAGUGCGUGUCAAUGUUUGGGUAUGAGCAGGUGAUGCAUCAAUGGGCAGUUCGUUGGACUGAGGUAACAGAUCAACUGGAUGAAUCUUCAUUCUGCAGUCACUGUGAGGAGCCAUGUAGCAGUUCCUUUCUUGGGGGAUCUCCAAUAUGGUGUUGUUUAUGGUGUCAGCGCUUGGUGCAUGUCGACUGCCACAGUAGCAUGUUUUAUGAAACAGGUGAUGUUUGUGAUUUGGGCCCUUUUAAAAGGCUCAUCUUAUCACCUCUAUAUGUAAAGCAGUUGAAUAGGACUUCUUCUGGUGGAUUUCUGAGUUCUAUAACCCAUGGAGCCAAUGAAAUUGCAUCUUCUGUGCGUGCAAGCAUAAGAAAUCAAAGUAAAAAAUACAAACAUGGACAUGAGACCUCUGCAGAUGCCACCAAUAAUAGUAACACGAGUGACACAUCCGUAGAGAGUACAGCAGAGGUUGGUCCUACUGUCAACGGUUCUCUUAGGCCAGAGGAAACUUACAGUGGCAGUCCAAAUGCAGGUGAGGUGGAUCAACAACAAGGAGAAGCCAAAAAGACGGAAAAGUCGCCAAGCUUGAAAAGAAGCUCAUCGAAUAAUCAAAAGGAUGAGUCCCAGCUAUUGGGCAUGAAACAGAAAUAUGAAUUGAUAGAUCUGCCUCCAGAAGCAAGACCGCUGUUAGUGUUCAUCAACAAAAAAAGUGGAGCUCAACGAGGAAAUUCAUUGAAGCGAAGACUGAACAUUCUUCUCAAUCCUGUACAGGUUUUUGAGCUGAGCUCAACUCAAGGGCCGGAAGUUGGACUUUACCUAUUUAGAAGGGUGCCCCAUUUUCGUGUUCUUGUUUGUGGAGGAGAUGGUACUGUUGGCUGGGUUUUGAAUGCAAUAGAGAAGCAAAAUUUUGUUUCUCCUCCACCAGUGGCCAUUCUUCCUGCUGGAACUGGAAAUGAUUUGGCCCGGGUUCUUAACUGGGGGGCUGGGUUAGGGUCAGUUGAGAGACAAGGUGGCCUCUGCACUCUUUUGGAUCACAUAGAACAUGCAGCAGUUACUAUUCUUGACCGGUGGAAAGUAUCAAUCUUGAAUCAACAGGGAAAACCACUACGCUCUCCAGAAUUUAUGAACAACUAUCUUGGCGUUGGAUGUGAUGCAAAGGUGGCACUAGAAAUUCAUAAUUUAAGGGAAGAGAACCCAGAGAAGUUUUACAACCAGUUCAUGAACAAAGUUCUUUAUGCAAGAGAAGGUGCCAAAAGCAUCAUGGAUAGGACAUUUGCCGACUUCCCUUGGCAAGUUAGGGUUGAGGUUGAUGGCAUUGAGAUCGAGGUUCCUGAGGACGCAGAGGGCGUCCUUGUAGCCAAUAUUGGAAGUUACAUGGGUGGCGUCGACUUGUGGCAGAAUGAAGACGAGAGCUAUGACAACUUUGAUCCGCAGUCUAUGCACGACAAAGUGCUCGAGGUAGUGAGUAUUUCAGGCACUUGGCACCUUGGAAAGCUGCAGGUUGGAUUGUCCCGGGCUCGCCGGCUAGCACAGGGCCAGUCGAUUAAAAUCCAUCUUUUUGCUGGUUUUCCAGUUCAAAUCGAUGGAGAACCAUGGUUCCAACAGCCUUGCCAAUUACUCAUUACACAUCAUGGACAGGCUUUUAUGUUGAAGAGAGCUGCAGAGGAACCUCUCGGUCACGCAGCCGCAAUAAUAACCGACGUUCUAGAGAACGCUGAAACAAGCCAUGUGAUCAAUGCAUCACAAAAAAGGGCAUUGCUCCAAGAAAUGGCGUUGAGGCUGUCUUAGCUCAACGCCAAAAUCGAUGUAUAGUGACAGUUUGGUUUUUCUUCACCGCCAUCCUAUUUCCCAGUGUGCUCCCGUUUGUGUGUUAUACGUUCAUGAAAAAAAAAAAAAGAAUGCUUGUGUGCGAGGCAAUUUUGUCGGUGGCAUUAUCAUCCAUACGUACAUAGCAUA